AAUUAUCCUUUUCAAGACCAACACACCUAUUGAAUCCAUAAGUGAUAUCGAAAGAGGAAUAAAUUGUAUGCAAACCUUAUCAUUUCCUAUUUGUGUUCCCUAAAUAGAAAAGAAAAAAAUAAAAGGGACUUGAUUUCCUAUUUCCUGUUCUUGUGGGGGUUGAAAAAGAAUUAAGCCAUAGUUAAACCGUCUACUCUUUGCCCUAACAGAAGCUCAAACUCAAUUACGUUGUACGAGCUAUGGGGAAGACAGCAAGGGGAGUGGGAGAAGAAGAAGCCGAUAAAUCGACUGGGAAAGAAGGGUUCAAGCUACUGGGCGACCCGAAAUUCAAGAAAUUGGAGAAUGGCCGAUUCAAAUGUGUUCAAACGGGGCAUGAGCUGCCUGAACAUGCGAAGGAGUCUUAUGCUCAGAGCAAACACUGUCGAUUGGGGCUAAUUGAUGCUGCUCUUUCUAGGAAUAAACCCCCUCUCAAUAUGUUUAACCAAGAUCCUCUUAAUCGGUCAAAAUUGAUAUGUAAAUUAACAGGAGAUACAGUUAAUAAGUCGGAGGAGCACAUAUGGAAGCAUAUGAAUGGAAAACGUUUUCUCAGAAUGUUAGAGAAAAAGGAAACUGAAACUGAAAUGGAAAACGGAGGGCUAGAAAAGCAAGGAGAAAAUGAAGCAGCUAAGAAGGUGGAUAGCAAAGCUAGUCGUCGGGACAAAAAGAAGAACAAAAAGAAAGAAACGGAAGAUGCUAGCAAGGUUAUAUCCGAAGUAAGGGAUUCUUCUGGAAAGAACAGUGACUCGGAAGAAGAUACCGAGUUUUGGAUGCCUCCUGUUGGUGCUCGUUGGGACUAUGACAAUGGAGGUGAUCGAUGGGGAUCUGGUUCUGAAUCAGGACAAGAAGAUGAUGAUGCUAUUGGGGAAGAUGGAGUUACUGAAGAGGAUAACAAUGAUGCUAAAGAGCUUUCUAAGCGGGCCAAACGCAUGUCCCUUGAGAUUGGGCCCAGCAGCUUUGCCUCAAGGAAGAAGAAGAAGAAGACCAGUGCUACAUGAUAUUUGUCUCUAAAACAAACAACACAAAUUUUGUUAUCUUCUUUUUGCUUAGUUGUAUACUGCUUGCUUGCUUCAUUUUAGCAUAUUGUUUAUUUUGCUUGUUAUGUUACUGAAGGAAAACAUUUUCUGCUCUGUGUAGGUCAUUGUAGCAAAUAGAACGUCUUUUCUUCUA